AUGGAGGAUCAGGGUUCGGAGAGAAGUGAGAGGGUGACAGUGAGGUCAAGGUGGACUCCCAAGCCGGAGCAAAUCCUAAUUCUGGAGUCCAUCUUCAACAGUGGGACCGUCAAUCCCUCCAAGGACGAGACCGUCCGAAUCAGAAAGCUUCUCGAGAAAUUCGGCACCGUCGCCGACGCCAACGUCUUCUACUGGUUCCAGAACCGCCGCUCCAGAUCCCGCCGCCGCCAGCGCCAGCUGCAGCAGCUCGCCGCCGAAGCCGUUCAUCCCCAGGCGAAUGAUCACCAGCUUCAGCCUCAUGGCGGUGCAAGUGCAUGUCCGCCUCCUUAUGAUCACCAUCAUCAGAGUAACCCUGCCUCUGAUUCUGCAGCCAUGGCGGAUUAUAAUGGCGGCUGCUCCUCCUCUUAUCUCGCUUCCCAGGAACCUAUGGAUCAUCAUGCUUUCUUUCUCUCCGCCGAUCAUAAUAUGGGUUUCCCCGAAAUCGAUCACACUACUUCUGAUUUGCUUCCUUUCUGGUAA